AGCAGCACUGAAACACCGUUCAUUCCACCUCCCGCACGACCGACGCGUUCCCGACUCGUCCGACAGACGCCAUGGCAGCCAUGGACGUGGAAAGCGUGAGCACUGGACGUGUGGAGGUGGAGGCAGAGGGCCUGUUGGGCGAAGAGAAGGCAUCCCACCGCCAUGGGCAGCGUAUGGUGCUGAUUGGCCUAGUGCUGGUUGGCCUGGUGCUGGUGGCUGCUGCCACAGGGAUUCCACGCAGCAGGGCCAGUGCCAAAGACGGCCUUGAGGCGGACAUCAUCGACCUGGCUGGCUUUCCCAACAAACCUUGGCAAUAUGACCCCGUUUGCAAGCUGACCAAAGUGCACAAGAUGGCAGAUGGAGUCUAUUGCGGACCGGUGAUGUCCACUGCUGGCCAUGGAGGGAGAACAAAGGCCUGGUACAACAAUGGUGACCUGUAUUUUGGCGAAUGGAAAGACGGCCAGAGGAGUGGAGAAGGGAUCAUGAACUAUGCCGACGGCACCAUCAAAACAGGUCUGUGGGAGGCAGACCAAUUCAAGGGUGAGACAUCGGAUCAUCCACUUGCCGAUCAACAUGCAGCCAAAAAACAUGAACAUCCACGUGAACGUGCCAGUCACCACGUUCCACGCCAUGAACCUCGUGAGCAUCAUUUUGGUUCGUAACUUGUUUAACUUGAUUUAACUUGUAACUCUUCUGCAAGGCAAACAGCUGGCUGCAGAAUGCCACUGAUAAAAAGAC